AUGGCAGCAUUUCAAAAACAUGUGACAUCUUGCGAUCCAGAUCAUAUGGCUCCAUGUGAAUAUUGUCGUUGUCUAUAUAACUUUCGUCAUUUGGAUGAACAUUCUCGAUAUUGUCGCAAUAUUUCAGUAUAUCAACAACGACAAGCAUUUAUAGAUUUUAUCUUACCAAGAUUAAAAUAUCCUUUUACACCAGUGCAAGUUCGUUUUUACAUCGAACGACAAAAACAAUAUCAACAGAUGCUUGAUUCACAUAAAAUCAUUGAUGCAUUGGCUACAUUCGAAGAUAAAUUUCCAUUCGAAGUGCCUACUCUUGAUUGUGGUGUGUGCAUGGAAGCAUGUCCAUAUGAAGAUAUUUUCGUUUUCGGCUGCAAGGAUGAUCAUAAACUGUGUUACACUUGCUUUGAACAAUCAUGCACAACUAAGAUGAAUAGUAAUGAAGUACUUACGUGUGGUUUAUGUAAUUAUCAAUUACAGGAUGGAGAAAUUAAUCAAUUGCGAGUACCUCGAGAUCGGAAGCGAGUGUUUCAUGAGUAUCAGAUACAGAAAACAUUUAAUAAUCUUGUUAACAAUACUCGUGGCUUUAUCAGAUGUCCAAAUAAAGAUUGCAAAUGGGUAUUAGAAGCGCGUAAUCCAGAUGAACGUUUUAGAGUCGUUUGUCGUUGUUGUGCCAACGAGUUUUGUUCGAUUUGCAAUCAACAAUAUCAUUAUCGAACAACUUGUCAGCAAGUAACACAAAUAACGCAACAAUGGUCUGUUUGGUGUAAUACAGAACGCGGCAAGUAUUUGAGAGCUCGAGCAGGACAAGAUGCAGCUUAUCAAGCUCAAUUAGAUGAUUAUGAAAGUCAAAAAGCGGCGAAUACUCAGCGAAACGAAGAAUUACGUCGUCGUUACGAUGAAUUGAAAGCCGAUGAAGAUUUAAAAGCUAAAUCUUGUCGUCUUUGUCCACAUUGUAAACGAAUCGUGGAACGUGUGGCGGGAUGUAGUAGUAUGAUAUGUGGACGAAAUUAUCAUGGAGGUGACCAACAAUCAGGAUGUGGGAAAAAUUUUAAUUGGGACACUGCUGAACCUUACAUACCAAGCAUGAAUGCGGCUGCUGAAAAAAUUAAAAACGACCUACCACAUCCAAAAAAUAAACACAGAGUAGUACAUAAGGGCAUAAGGUGCAAUGGUUGUAACGAUGAGAUUGAAGGUAUUCGUUUUGAUUGUAUUCAUUGUUCUUCAUUGAAUUAUUGCGAAAAAUGUGAACAACGAUGUACAUUGAAUCAUUCCGAAGAACUUCGACAACAAAAAAGACAACAACAUGUCUUUCGGUUGAUAACGAUUCCCGAAGUUUCACCUAAACGACAACGACAUUGA